AUGGUUACUACUAUAUUGAAAGUAUUUACAUCAGAAAAAAAACAACAAGAACAGCUUAUUGAUCUCAAGCGUUUUUCGAAAAUUGACAACGUGCUACGUGUGCUAGCAAAGGCUGCAAAAACAAUGAAAAAUUGGGUUGCAAAAACCAAUCAAAAUCGCUCGUCAUCGAUAAAAGUACUAGAAGUCGACAAAUUUGAUAACGUGUUCGAAAUAACCGCAUCAGAUAUGGUCAAUGCGGAACGCCUUCUAAUUAGUCAUGAACACAGAAAUAUUAAUCUUGACGCCCUAAAAAAGCGAUUUCAUGAUAAACUGAUUAUUCGCGACGAAGAAGGAAUCAUUCGGAACCACUCCCGUCCUCAAAAUGCCUCAAUUCCGUAUGACACAAAGUCACCGAUUUAUAUCCCAGAAGACUCGGAAUUAUCCAGGCUGAUCGUGCAGGAUAUUCACAUCAAAAAUGGUCAUUGUGGCAAAGAGCACAUUCUUUCAAUCGCAAGACAACGCUUUUGGAUUUCACGUCCGUCCUACGUAUUCAAGAAAUUCCCAAAAGGUUGCGUCAUCUGCAAAAAAUACCAAGGUCUUCCCUUAGGAGCACCGAUCAUGCCUCCACUACCAAAGGACAGGGUUAUAAAGUCCAAACCAUUUCAAAAUGCCGCGUGA